AUGUUGAUCUCGUUUUUAUUAAAAUCUAGAACCAGUGUUAGUAAUAACAACAACAAUAUUUUCCAGCAAAUACGUACUGCUACCAAAAGAGCUUCAGGUUCGAAGACUUCUAUGAAAGAUUCAGCUGGUCGUAGACUAGGUCCAAAGAAAGUUGAUGGUCAAUUGGUGAAGCCAGGUGAGAUUAUUAUGAGACAAAGAGGUACCAAAUUCUAUCCGGGUGAAAAUGUUGGCAUUGGUAAAGAUCAUACUAUUUUUGCUACUGAGCCAGGCUAUGUCAAGUUUUAUAUGGAUCCAUUUCAUCCAGAAAGAAAAUUCAUCGGUGUAGCGUUAAAAAAAGAAUUAAGUCUACCAACCCCACAUUUUGCUCCAAGAGUUAGGAGAUUCGGCCAUGCAGUUAUUACAGAUGAGGCACAAGCUUUAAAAGAAGAACAAAGUUUAAGCAGAAAAGAGUUUUUAGCCAAAGAUAUUAUUUUGAAAGAAUUAAAAGAACGUGAAUUGAAAAGAGAUAAUCUAAGGAAAACUUUUGCUAAGAGAAUAACUAAUGAUAAAAUAUUAACGGAGCCAAAGUUAUUACCACUGGCCACCGAAUAUUUAUUGUUUUUAAGAACCAGUCUAAAAAAUGGGUUCGAUUUAAAAAAAGCACAAUACAAUACGUUUUAUCAUUUCCAAUUUAAAUCUAAGUUGAAUGGUGAGCUUAGGAUUGUAGAAGAUGAUUUAUUAACAGUGAGCAACAAUUUAAACAAGAACUACACAUUUAAUAACAAGUUGGAAUUAAUUAGAGCCAUUAGUGGAGAAGAAAGGUUAAAGGCGAAAAAUGAAUUGAUUGAUGAAUUAAAUAAGCUGCAACCUAUCACUAGUAAAGAAAAUAAGAAGAAAUGUAUUAAAUUAUUUGAAAAAGCGUGUGAUCUAAUGAGUUUGAGUGAAGAAGUUCAUUUACGCAGAAAGUUCUUAAAACCAGUUCAACCAGAGACUGUUGGUGUUGUUUCUGAGGCCUCUAAAAAAACUGUCACCAUUAGACGUUAUAAUUAUGAGAAAAGAAAAGUAGACACCAUCAUCAGGAGCAAAGAAGCAUUUCUAAGUAAGAUCUGA